UCAUUAUCGUUGCCGCAACCAAUAUCACAUACAAACAUUGCAUUACAAAUGAAACGUAGGUUAGGUUUCUGAGGGAUUUUCGCUAUCACCAGUGAGGCGUGGUAUUUUGUUAAACGUUCAUGUGAGUAGCGGGACGAACAAUACCCCUGGCGCACAAAACCGUUGGUGUUGAACCAUCAAGUUAUUGAAGCUGCCCUUUCACCAAGUUCGUCAUAGUUCUUUGGGCAUAAUAAUAUACAUCAACCUUUCACGCAAUGUCAUAGUGUAUAGUUGGUGGCUUUACAGUUUAGGAAAAUGUUUUUCAUACUUCCUCCUUCUCACGACCUGUGAGAUAGGGUUGGCUGCUCAUUGUAGCUAUGCUUUCGUUCUUGAGGGUCUCCCAUGUGCGCGAGGUUAAAUUACAGCCUCUUAUCAUGUUGAUGAAUAAUGUAUACUUGUUUGUAUGUUGUAAACGUUGUUUUACUUUCGUGUUCGCAUAGCCCCGCUAUGGUCACUAGCUUCACGCGUAAUACACAGUUCUCUGGAGCUUGGAUUUAUGUUAUAAGACAAGUGUUUACAUACUGAUUUCCAUGAUGACAAAUUGGAUGUUCUCGUAUCAUACAAAAGUAAUCUUAUUUGUGUAAUAUAUUUUGGGUCUUUCGUCGUGGCGGUUUUCAUAGUCUUACAAGAGUGGACACAAACCAACACCACGGAGGAAGAUGUUGUGACUACCAUCGCAUGAACAGCUUCCAGGUUAAUGCCUGACGGAACUAUGCAGCACUCAUUGUAAAGUUUCUUGGACCUAAAGCACACUAACUAUGCAGUCCGAGUUUGUAUUUCAGGGAGCAGUAUUCGUUUGUUGUGUGUAUUUGAUUUCGCCUUCAAAUGUUACAGUGAAACAUGGGAGGACCUGUGUACGAAACAGUUCAAUAACAGUUGAACUUCAGUGUUCCGCCAAUGAAAGGAUACAUGUAGAGGAAGAGUCAUAUGGGAUCGGAGUCACAAACUCAUGUCGAUUACAAACUAACGGAUCGUGUAGAGAGGUCAUUCAGACUUCCAUAAAUGGCUUGUCCGUAAACUGCGAUGGGCAACAGUCAUGUAAUGAAACCGUGUCUCCACUUGGCGAAUGUAAACCUGCUGCCACUGCUGCUGCUGCCGAAGUAAAGUACAGGUGCAUCAAUGAUAGUAUGGACAUCUGUGGCUUUGACACCAUCACUACAGCCACAAACGAAUCUGUGUACCUUCACUCGCCAGGCUACCCGGACAGUGUUGGGAUGAAUAACAGUUGUGUGGUGAGGAUCAAGGGGAAAGACAUUCAAGUAACACUGGUUGAGCAAAGUUUAAAUGGGGGAAACUUGACCAUUUCAGUCAAUGGUCAAAACUGGUCAAAUGUGGACACCAACCUAUACAACAGAAAAUUACAAAAACAAUCUUCGGAAGUCGGGAUAUUUUAUACUGACAGAGGCAAUGAUAAAUCAAACGUGUGGAUUAGUGUUGUUGCUUCAAGUCCAAUGUAUAUAACUUUCAACGGAGAAAUGAUUGUGACAUCGGAGACUUCAACCUCGUUGGUUUCUAUGUCUGAAGGAUCCUCACCUCUAGAUGGCGUUACAAAUCAAUGGAUGUCUCAAACAGAGCCAAUAAUGGCAACAAGCACCCUCUCUACUGACACGCCAACAUUGUCAGCCGUGUCAACAAGAAUGGCCUCCACUGAGACGCAAACAUUAUCAAGUGUGUCAACAAGUACCCUCCUUCCUGCCACGGUUACUACAGCAACAUACACAGGUGGAGAUACAGUCUCAGUCAUUGCCACAGCAACCGUUGAAGUGACAUCGAAUACAACAAUUACUGCAAUGACAAUUGAGCCCACGACCACUUCUGCUGCAGAAAACAUAACAGUUGGAAUGACAUUGGGCGAAACAACUGAUAUUCAAAGUACAACUGUGUCAACGACAGAUGGUUCCGAUAAAGAUCUGGUUAUCGUGGCUGCUUCUAGCGCUGCAGUUAUUGUGGUGGCGGUCAUAGUUGCCGUUGUAGUCGCAGUUGUCCUAUGCAGGUGUAAAAAUAGUAAAACCCGCCGUUCUGUAACUUCUCCCCGCAACUGUAGCUUUGGAAGACAUCUUGAGCUCAACUCUGUCGACAAUGGAAAACAUCACAAUGGUUUACGAAAGAAUGACGACAGUCAACAUUAUUUCAUCAUAGAUCCAGAAUUCGUAGCUGGAAAUGGGGAUGUGGCAUUGCAUACAGAAUCAAGAACAGAAGAAGGCACCAGCCCGCUCCGAGUACAAGACAGGUACUCUACAGUAUUGCCACGCAGCUAUAGAUUAAACAUGAAAGACAACAACACAUUUACGACCAAACAGCCAGGCAGUAUUACAUCAACAGAUAAUUCGAUUGGCUCAAAUGAAGACAAGGAAAUCGAAAUAAUCAAUGAUAAACUUGAAUCGGUGGACAGCAGUCUCUCUGAUUCAGGAAACAGUACAGGUUCCACAUGUCAUAUGACCGAAAACGAUGUAUACAAUGGAGGACCUCCUACUGCUGAGAACCUUGAUGUAAGUAUAGAUGGCGGUAAUCAGGAUGAAGAAAGCAUGCCCGAAGACCUGUAUCAAAGAGAAGAGGCAGUCAGGGGCGAUACAGUUGAAGGAAUGGUUGACAAUGAUAUGUAUGAGAGUUCUGGAUAUGACAAUACAGUUGCAGAGCAGAGUGGUGAGUGUGAGGAAGUGUCUGCUUCGGCUACCCUAGAUAUCACUACACAGGGUGAAGCAGAAGAGGAGGUUGACAUUGUUACCAAUGACCUCUACCACAGCUUUGUGUAA